AUAAGCAGCAAGGUGUCAAACAGGCGGGGCAUCAGGUGAACCCGAAAGCAACCAGGACUAUAACUGGACUAAAGAACAGGACCUGAGUUUAUUUACUCCAAAGAUUGUUUGAUAUUAACUGCUUCUUUUAAACUGCUGGACGGUUAUCAUAUUUAUUAUUUCGAAGGCAUAUUCUCAUGAACAUGUGGACUCCACGGAUAUAUCUGUGUGGAAUUUCUAUGUUAUGGCUUUUCUCCGUUGAGGCUACAUAUCGAUUUGACGCGAGCUGUGAGUGCAAUGGGAGGUCGCAGUACUGUGCUGUGGACGCACAAGGCUUACACUGUGUGAACUGCCAGGGGAACACAGAGGGGCGACAGUGUGAAAGAUGCAAGGAGGGCUUUUACCACCAGAGGGCGGGAGAGAGCUGCCUUCCCUGCAGCUGCAGCCCGGCAGGUUCGGUUGGUGACGGCUGUGACAGCCGGGGACGCUGCACGUGUAAAGCAGGCGUCCAGGGGGACAAGUGUGACCGCUGCCCGAGUGGAGCACCCCUCACCGAGGAUGGCUGCGCCCAGAGCAAUGACCAGACUGAAUGCUUUUGCUAUGGACACACCACUGAUUGCAGCAUGGCAAAGGGCUACUCCAUCCACAACAUCUCCUCCACCUUCAGCAAGGGGGAUGAGGGAUGGACAGCUGCAGAAGCCAAUGGUGUGAUUCCUCCUCACCUUCACUUCCAGUGGUCCCCCUGGCACAGUGACCUCGAGGUCAUCUCCAAGGAGGGUGUGCCUGUGUACCUGUUUGCUCCAGCUGCUUUUUUGGGGAAUCAGGUGUUGAGCUACAGGCAAACCCUGUCUUUCUCCUUGCGACUGGACCGGGGCGUGCGCCGACCUUCCACGUCUGACGUGGUGCUGGAGGGGGCGGGGCUGAGGGUCUCCGCUUCCCUGGGCAACCUGCGGACUGUACUUCCUGCUGGCCAGAGUACCACCUAUACCUUCAGACUGGAUGAACAGGCAGGCUCUAAGUGGCAGCCCCAGCUGAGCAGCCUGCAAUUCCAGAAGCUUCUUCAGAACCUCACAGCCAUCAAGAUCCGUGGCACUUUUGGAGAAAAUGGCCGUGGUUACCUGGACAACGUGCAUCUAGUGUCAGCGCGUCUAGGUCCUGGUGCCUCCGCAGGAUGGGUAGGGAACUGCACCUGUCCCAAGGGUUACGAGGGACAGUUCUGCGAGCGCUGUGCCAUGGGGUACACCAGACAGAGCCCUGCCCAUGACUCCUUCAGCUCCUGUCAACCUUGCCUGUGUCCGGGGGGCAGCUGUGACCCCGAAACAGGUGACUGUUACUCAGGUGAUGAGAAUUCUGCGGCCAAGUCCUGCCCCUCUGGAUCUUACCCCGACCCUGCACAGCUGCACGUCUGCAUUACCUGCCCCUGCCCCCAGGGGGCGAGCUGUUCAGUGACACCAGGGUCGCUGGAGGUCAAAUGUGACAGCUGCUUGCCUGGAGUCACAGGGCCACAGUGCAAUAUUUGUGAGGAUGGUUUCUACGGUGACCCCCAGGGGGAGUAUGGGCCACGCCGAGCGUGUCAGCGUUGCAGGUGCGGGGGACCCUUGGACCCUAAGGUUGUCGUCAAGUGUGACCGCGUGACCGGGUUCUGUUCCGGGUGCCUGAACCACAGCACUGGUUUCUUCUGUGAGCGCUGUCAGGAGGGCUUCUACCGUACUGACCCCGCCCACAUUUGCAAACCGUGCAACUGUAACGCGCAGGGUUCCUUGUUCAAAACGUGCAGCGACAGCGGUCAGUGUACGUGCAAAGAGGGCUCGGAGGGGCUCAGCUGUGACCGCUCUUCCUGUCCGGGCUGCUUUGACCAAGUCAAGACCCAGGUGGAGGCGUACCGGCUCAGGCUGAAGGAGAUGGAGGCCUUGUUCGCGGGGAUAGAGAGCGGCAAGGUGCCCGUGACUGACUCUAAGGUGGAGAGCACGCUCAAGAACGCCGAGCUGCUGGUGGCUGACCUGCAGAAGAGCGCUGACAAGCUCUCAGACAUGGAGAGUCACCUGAAGGGACUGGUGACGGACAUAAGCAAAAGGCUGUCCGAUGAAGACAAAAACCUCCGGUCUGUCUCCGACACUGUGGACAGCAUCAAAGAGCAGGACCAGAGCUUCCAGAAACAGCUAUCCGGCGUCCGGGGCAUAAUCGCCGACAUCCGCGACAAACUAAGCGCCGCCAAGCGGGAACUCAGACUGGUGGAUUUGCCCUUGGGCGAUUCGAGCGGGAGCAGCCACGCCCUCUCCGGCCUGGUGGACAAGGCCUUAUCGCUGGCCGACACGCACCAGGGAGAAGCCAAGAAGGUGGAGGGGGUCGCCAAAACCGCUCUGAGUGAGGCGGAGAAGGCCCUCGCCCUCAUGCGCUCCGCCAUCUCAGGGGAAAACAAGGUCACCGAGCUCAUCAGUGACCUGAAAACCAAAUUUGACCUGAGUUCCGCGCGGGUGAAGGCCUUGGAGGACCAGGCUAAGCGGGUGAGCUCCUCGGCGACCGAGGAGAGCCGCGUGGCAGCCGACGCCCUGAAGCAGAUCGCCUCGCUGGCGAAGAACCUUCCCGACCCUCUCAAGGAGAUGAACAGCGUGGCUGCAGAGCUGGAUGCUCUUAGAAACAGUGCUGAGAAGAACCUGACCGACUUGCUGGAGCUCAAGACAGGCGUUCAGGCAGAUCAGUCCCAGGUGGAGGACCUGCUGGCUAAGGGAAAAAAAGCCCAGGAGAAACAAGAUCUGCUCCUUGCACGAGUGAACGCUGCUAAGGCCGAUGUCGAUGAGUCACUGAAGGACAUCAACACAAACAUGGACGGGCUGGAUCAAGUCCUGAACAUGCUCAGAGGGUUCGAUAAGCAGAUCGACGCAAACAAGGCCUUGGCAGAUGAGGCCAUUGGCAAGCUCCCGGCAAUCAAUGCCACCAUCCAGCAAGCUGUGGGCAAGAACUCUCAGACCCAGGGCAUCCUCGACAGCGUGGCUGGAGGCUACAACCAGGCCCUGGAGACCGUCAGCAAGCUGACUGAUGCUCUGGAAGGGAUGAAGGUGGUGCCCGACACUUUGACAGCGUCCACCGCUUUGCUGAAGGAUACCACCACAUUCACAGAUAACCUGAAGGGUCUGAAGGAUCAGGCUUUGGCCACGAUGGGGCGGCUGACGGCCGAGAAGGACGAUGCUGAUCGUCAGAACGAGAAAGCGAAGGAGGUUUCGGCCGAUGCUGCGGAUGUGUACCACAAUGCCAAGAACACCAAAGACGCCGUGGGGAAUACCAUGCUAGCCAUAAAUAACCUCCUGGGCUUGUUUGGUCAGCCAGGAAGUGUUGAUGAGAGCAGGCUGAAGGAGCUGGAGAAAUCGAUGGCGGAUAUCCGCAACACAGUCACUAAGCAGCUGAAGCCACAGCUGCAGGAGCUGGGAGAGAAGGAGGCCAGACAGAGGGGGCUGAUCUCUCAAAUGGACAGCGACAUCGACCGCAUCCUGGAGGACAUCAAGAACCUGGAAGAAAUCUACGCCACUAUCCCCAACGCCUGCUUCAACCUGCUGCCUGUGGAGAGGCCCUAAGGCCCUGAGGACCGACCCACCCCCAAACUGCUCCAUUUACUCUAACAUACCCUAAUGAUGACCACAGACUCAUCCCCAGACUACUGUAAGCAGCCUAACCCUAACCACAGACCCAUCCCAACCUACCGUACUUCGAGAGACCCUCACCACUCAACCUAUCUGCAGAUCAGAGUUAGCACACCAAGGGCAUGAGUUUUAGCUGUUUCAAUUACUCUGAGUUCAGCCAUUUUUAAUGACAGUCUAGGCCCACAUAAAUGUCUGUAUCCGGCUAACCUCAUCUUGCCCUUAAAGCCGACUGUUUACUUGUCAGCAAUGUUCUGACGAUAUUAAAUAUAUAUCAUAUAAACUUCUGUGGCUUUGACAGCACAUCUGGGAAUUUUACCCAAAGUCCAGUUGUAUGCCUUAUUUAUUUAUUGAGCACAGUAUUCAUGUACAGCAAAUUUGUACUUUCAAGAUUACACGUUGUGUGACUAUCUGCCAAAUAAAUCUGUGUUUUAGUUGGCUACUGCUUCUACAUCCUGUAUGAGUUUCAGUUUGUCACUUCCCAAAAAUGGCAUUAUUCACCUGGCUGUAAAAAUGUUAUUUAGAAAAAAAUGUUAGGUUUAGAGAACCCAUGCACUGUGUAGAAAUGCGACCAAAAUGUUUGACAUUUCUUUGAUAUUUCUUUUAUUUUGUCUGUGAAUAUAUUUAACCAUUAAGAGUGUAAAAAGCAUUCUAGCCUAUUUAUUGUUUUUUUGUACCUGUGUUUUGUUCUGUUUUUUUGCUAAUGUGGAGAUGCAUUUCUUAAAUGUAUAAUAAAAUCUGACAAUGAU